CAUUAUCCACGGCGACCUCAAGCCUCUCAAUGUUCUCCUCGACACCGGGCUGCGGGCCGUCAUCUCGGACUUUGGCAUGGCCCGCACCAAGCACACGUCUAUCUCGGCCUCCAUAGGCAAGCACAAUGAGAGCAUCGGUGGCACGCUCGACUACAUGGCCCCGGAGAUGCUCGACGACGAGAAGCCCGUGGACUCGACCAAGAAGACGGACGUCUAUGCCUUUGCAAUCACGCUCUUCGAGGUGAUCAACAACGGCAACCGAGUGUGGGUGACAGUCGACGGCAAACCCAUGCGACCCAGCGCCAUCGAGCGCCAUGUGUGCAAGGGCAGCCGACCCAAGCGGCUCGAAGGAGUUCCUGACGAGAUCUGGUCGCUGAUCGAGCAAUGUUGGCACCAAUCUCCAUCGGAGCGACCCAAAUUCGCAGAGAUUCUCACCAGUCUGGAUCCCUACAAAGACCCCAAUCCCGCUGUAGACACUCUGUCCAACAUCAUCUCGUCCUCGCCCCCGUCCUCGAUCUUGUCCUCGCCCACACACACAUUCGAUCUCGCCAAGCCGACUGUGGACCUUGAAACCGGGAACGACUUUCUAUGCUUGCAGCCCGGCUGUCCCGACCGAUCUCUCAGCCCGUGCUCGGUCCAGUCCGACGCUGAUCUGGAUUCCUUCCCAGGCGUGCCGGCUUCCCUCCAGCAGCUCUGCAAACAAGGAGACCCAAAGGCAUGCAUGCAGGCAGCCAAGGCGAUCACUGAGGCCAAGCUCGCAUCGGAUCCGGCUUGGGGACAUGCGGCCCGGCUCUUUCGUGCAGCCGCAAACCACGGCAGCCCGGAGGCAAAGUUCCACCUUGCCUGGCUGAGUCUUGCUGGAAUCGGAACAGAGCAGAGCGACGCCGAGGCCCUGGCACUCUGGCAGCAAAUCCACGACACCUCCAACGACGCAGAGAUAAAGCCCAUCAGCACCUUUUUGCUGGGCUGGCUUUGCUAUCUGGGCCGGGGAUCGCAGCAGCAAAACAAGGAGAAGGGAAUCGUCCUGAUGCGGCAGAGCAAGACCAACGACUUCACGCUUGCCGAGGACAGUCUCGAGCCCGAAUCCGAUCCCGUCUCGUCCAACUCUGUCGUCGCCCAGCUAUUCUUCCGGCUCUGUCUGCUCGGCUCGGAGCAGGACUGGCUGUGCAAGCAUCUAGAAGCCGUCUGCCACAUCGGCGGCUUCGGCACCGCCAAGGACCAGGCCAUGGCUGCGGAUUUGUUCGACAGCCUUGCCAACCAAGGACACGAUGUGAGCCAGCACUGGUUGGGCCGAUGCUAUGGCUGGGGCUGGGGUGUGCCCCGAAACGACCCCAUGUCCUUCAACUGGUACAGCCAAGCUGCGAGCCAGCACAACUCGUAUGCCCAGAGCAUGGUCGGCCGAUGCUAUCGGAACGGCUGGGGAGUUGCCAAGGACGACGUCAAGGCCGUCGAAUGGUACACCAAGUCGGCCGAGCAGGGAAACGCCGUUGCUCAAUGGAACCUUGGUCGCUGCUAUGAGCACGGCACAGGGGUCGCCGUGGAUAUGGAACGAGCUGUGCUAUGGUAUGAAAAGGCCGCUGAUCGGGGACUCACGGCUGCAAGGCAUCGGGCCCAGCGGAUCAAGGACCAGCGCCGAGUCUGAAUCCAAGCUCGGAAGGCCGGAAUGUCGGAAGGCCGGAAUGCUAGAAGCACAAUCAUUAUUUGCACAGCCAAGACCCACUGCCGGAGAAGACCACUUCCACAUACAACGCCCGUCCGCGAACAAGCGAAUGGACACGGAUUCAACAAUCGGAUUCAGUCAUCGAGCACUUUGGAGUUUGCUUGUUGCUCGCCCCAGCUGUGCGACCAAUACGUAAUGGUAUAGGGUUGCUGUCCGGGCUUGCCUUCGGCCCCAAGAGCCAACUUGCAUGCGCUUCCGUUGAACUGCGGCGACUGGGCACUGCAGAUAGCGCCAAUCUGGUGGGCGUUUGCCCAGCUGUACGGAUAAAUGUAGCCUGAUACCAGGGCCAAGAUUAGGAAUAUAUGGACUCGCUACCCACCGGGAGCCGCUGGCACCGGCAAUUCUGUCGAGAGCCAGCCAAUGCUCAGGCAUGCCUCACCGAGGCUUACCAUCAUCGAGGGCGACCAGACC